AUGCAGAGUGUGAUGAGGGCGAUUGUGGUGCGUGGUGAAGGAACCAGCGUGGAUUUAAACAGCGAGUACGAAGCAAGACGACGUGUGCUUCUUCACGAAGAGAUUGUUCGAAGACCAGACAGUUCGAGCCAACUAGAGCAAGUAAUAUACGACAAUCAAGUUCGAAAUGAUGAGCAAAUUGACCAGCUUGGUCAGUACGUUGCUCAAAGCAUGGAUCGAGUUUCGACAGUCGUGUCUGAAAAAUUAGACGCACGCUUCCAAGAAGUAUUGAGCCAUUCUCAGUCACAGGUGCAGUCAUCUGUGGGGGUAUCGUUCACUCAGCAAAUGGGAGAAUGCGAAAAUCGGCUUCGCGUCGGUGUUCAAGACUCGGUCACUGAGAUAAAGUACGCUACCAACAGUGUACUGCAGGAUCAUGAAAGAAAAAUGAUUGAAGCUAUGCAUGAGAUUCGCUCAACGACCGCUGCAGCAAUAGACACACGAAUAAGUCAUCAUGAGACAGACUGCGAAAGACGCUGGCAAGAAACUCUGCAGAAAACGACCGAUAUGGGUGAUGAGCGAGCCCAAUUAUUUGCUGCAGUUCAAGCUGAUGAAGUUGAAACGCGCCUCAACGGCAAGCUGAAGACGUCCAUGGCGAUUGCUGCAGCCGAAUGCAAACAGUUGCAUUUGCAAACAGAACUUAAUUUGCGUAGCGUGAUGGAGUCAUCUCACGCAGAGCUAGAAAAGCUCAUCGAAACGAGCGCCCAUGACCUGGCUGACACACUUGAGCGAGGCCUUCAGCAGCGACUAGAUGACUCAAUUCGAGCUUCGCACGGCGAGUUGAGCAAACGCAUCGACGAUUCAAGCGCUCAGUUCGCUGCUCGCAUCACUGAAGCUGCGCGUUUGGAGCGGACAAAGGUCGAAGGAGCGCUUGAUUCCCGUAACGCUGCUCUUGAAGAUAGCCUUCAAAAACAAUUAAGGGAGUCUCAAGAUGAGCUUCAUCGGCAAAUGCGUGAUGUGAAGGAUUGUGUCAGCCAACACUCAGCUCGGGUGAAGUCGCACAAAACUCAUAUUGACGAGUUGAUUCACAAAAAGGAGGCCAAACUCGAAGUUCGCCUUAAGGAGAUGGUUCGGCAAAUGGAGAUUAAAUUUGAUCGUCGCUUUACUGAGUUGGCGGAGCAAGGCCAAAGACAAGUUUCGGAGGAAGUCACAACGCCCGUGGUAAAUGUCACCAUUGAUAAAGCGUCAGAUACUUCUCUGAUCUCUCAUGAUAAAACCAACGAAGAAAGAUGCAGACGAUGUACAACUCCCGUUACGCGACCGGGUGACGAUGAUACAUCGCAAGAGCCUGUUGACAUCGACAUGCGUUUGGGGGUGGAAAACCGAGGCGGAGGCAAUGUCGACAUUGCGGAUCGAGAUGGAUCCGUUCUUGCAGUUCUUCUAGAUAUUAAGAACCGUUUGGUUUCUCUCCACGCAGCCACUGCGAGUGCAAACAGGACAGAUCGAACAUCGAGUGCUGAGGCAAGCACAGACGCUGCUUCAUUUAUUGCGGAAUCGCUACAACAAGAAACCAAGCCAAAUGGGCCAAGUGACUUAGCUGCGGCUCGUCGUGCCGCAACCAAAGCAACAAACGAUCGAGCGAUCAAGCGGGCGCAGAUUCUACGGCGUAGCGCUGGGAUCAAGAAACGCCAAGUGCGAAAGAGUCAGAAGAAAGAGUAA